AUGCCAAAAGCCAAUUACUACAAUUUCUUCUUCGUUGACGUAGAAACAACUCACGACUUCGACCUCAAAACCCUGGUCCACGAAUCCACCGUCGGAGUCAUCUGGGAGUUUUCCUGCGGCUGCUGCAUCAAGUUUCCAACUCUCCAUUCGUCUGAAGUUGUCCUUGGAGAAAUGAAAGAACAAUGGGGAGGACGUCUUUGUCGGAAAUCAACUUCUCCUUGGGGCGACAACUGGAACCAUUUGCCACCGACUGAUCACUUUUUCUGCCGCGAAGAUCCAAAGCUCAUCGAAAGACUAGCUGAUCUGAUGAUGAUGCCAGAAGAUUAUUUUCAUCUCGUUGAAGGCGUAUCGCUCGUCCCAAGCAAAGACUUCCGAGAAGCAAACGAUGCGAUGAAGCUCAAAAUCCUCUUUUCGACCCCAGUCCCCCUUCCUGAGAGGAAAAACGACUUCAAAAAAGCCAAGAAACUACCCGAGGCUCUUCGAAAAACUCUGGAAGCUGAAAACUCAAGGAAGACAACGCUCACCGACAAAGAACUCGAAGACCUUUUCGCUCAAUCUGUAGCGCCCAAGAAAUCAAAGAAAUCGAAGAAAGAAAAGCCAAACAAAGGAAAAGCUCCAAACAACAUCCGGAAGACGAAGAAACCUGUCAGACUGUAA